AUGGGGGAUGAUCAUGGAGGAAAGCAUAGAAUCCUGAUGGUUUCAGAUUUUUUCUAUCCCAACUUUGGUGGCGUUGAGAAUCAUAUUUAUUAUCUCUCACAGUGUUUACUCAAUUUAGGCCACAAGGUGGUGAUUGCAACUCAUGCGUAUGGAAAUCGAUCCGGGGUUAGAUAUAUGACUGGAGGUCUGAAAGUAUACUAUGUUCCAUGGAGACCUUUUGUUAUGCAGAAUACGUUCCCGACCAUAUAUGGGUUAUUACCGAUUAUAAGAACUAUUCUUAUACGAGAAAGGAUCACAGUGGUGCACGGCCACCAAGCCUUUUCAACAUUUUGUCAUGAAUCUCUCAUGCAUGCAAGAACCAUGGGAUACAAGGUUGUGUUUACCGAUCAUUCGCUGUAUGGUUUUGCUGAUAUUGGAAGCAUCCACAUGAAUAAGGUGUUGCAGUUUACCUUGGCAGAUGUGACUCAAGCCAUAUGUGUUUCUCAUACAAGCAAGGAAAACACUGUGUUGAGGUCAGGUUUGCCGCCAGAGAAAGUUUUUGUGAUACCUAAUGCUGUUGAUACUUCCAUGUUCACGCCAGCAGUGGGCCGUUCAAGAACAUUGAAAGAAAUUGUUAUUGUUGUUAUCAGCCGAUUGGUUUAUCGGAAGGGGGUUGAUUUGCUUGUGGAAGUCAUCCCAGAAGUAUGUCGAUUACAUCCCAAUGUUCGUUUCAUUGUUGGAGGGGAUGGAGCUAAGCGUGUGCGGUUGGAAGAGAUGAGAGAAAAACAUUCUCUACAAGAUCGAGUAGAAAUGUUGGGAGCUGUGCCACAUGCACAAGUCCGAUCUGUUCUAAUAAGUGGGCAUAUCUUCUUAAAUAGUUCCUUAACAGAAGCUUUUUGCAUAGCUAUAUUAGAGGCGGCCAGCUGUGGAUUGUUAACAGUCAGCACGCGUGUUGGUGGAGUUCCUGAGGUUUUGCCAGAUGACAUGGUUGUUUUAGCAGAACCUGAUCCGAGUGAUAUGGUGUAUGCAAUACAAAAGGCCAUAUAUAUGCUGCCAAAAAUUGAUCCACAAGAUAUGCAUAAUCGAAUGAGGGAGCUCUACGACUGGAAAGAUGUUGCCAAAAGAACUGAAAUUGUGUAUGACCGUGCUUUGAAGUGUUCCAAUCAAAAUCUACUAGAGCGUCUCUCACGAUACCUCGUAUGUGGAGCGUGGGCGGGGAAGCUGUUUUGCUUGGUUAUGAUUGUUGGUUAUCUGUUUUGGCAGCUAUUGGAACUAUGGCAGCCUGCAGAUGAUAUUGAGGAGGUUCUGGAUUUCACUCUUCCACACAACCGUGAUGAAGUCAUAUCGGAAAAUGCACAAUGA